AGAAAAAAAAAGAGGAAAAAUGUCGGGAGUAGCAGGAGGGGAGGAAGACAAGAAGCCCGCCGGCGAUCAGUCUGGGCACAUCAAUCUCAAAGUCAAAAGCCAGGACGGGAAUGAAGUCUUCUUCAGGAUCAAAAGAAGCACUCAGCUGAAGAAAUUGAUGAAUGCUUAUUGUGACCGACAGUCUGUGGAUUUCAAUUCAAUUGCCUUCUUGUUUGAUGGUCGUCGUCUUAGAGCAGAACAGACUCCAGAUGAGCUGGAGAUGGAAGAUGGUGAUGAAAUUGAUGCAAUGUUGCAUCAAACCGGAGGCACAACUCUUUGAGUCUCCUUCUCUUUUGUUUCUGUGGAUGUAAGACUUUGUGUUUCAAGAUGGUAUUGGACUUAGUGAAAUGCUGGUUGGCAGCUUUAGGACCUUUAGAGUGUAAUGAAUGAGAUCAUGUUUGCUUACUUUAUAUUGAACUUAAUCGCUAAUAUAACUUGACAUGAAAGUCAUUACUUGCUUCACCUUUCAA